UCACGUGUUCGGUAUAUAUCGCACGAUUAAACGCGUAUGAAGUGAUCUCGUUCAACUUGUGCGUCGACGAGAAGUUCCGUCGGGUCAGCAGCUUGGCGUUCGAAGGAUCCGAAGUUUCCUUUUCCGAAAUAUGAAAGAACGAACGGUGCAUUGGAUUGCAACAAUUUUUCUUGUCGCGAUAGUUCUGAAAAGAGCAUCUGCGGCGAGUGACGAGAAGAUUACGUUAGACAAUGGAAAAUCCUCGGAAAAUGAAGAUUCCUUGGACUUAAAGGCAUCGGAAUCUACCUAUAAUUUCCCUUUAUCCAUCAAUUUUGGAAACUCCUUCCACUCUUUUGGGUAUUCGCCACAACCAGCCAACUUGUACUCAAAAUUCCUAAAUACAGGCAACAUUCAUCAAGAAAUUAGAUGUGGUGACACGUAUCCACGAGGCUGCGAGAAAUUACGAUACCGGACGUACGAUGGCUCUUGCAACAAUCUUCGAAAUCCUACAUGGGGUAUGGCAAACACGAGAUACGGACGUCUUUUACCAGCGAACUAUGGAGACGGAAUCCGAUCGCCUACGACUUCGGUUACUGGAGCGGAAUUGCCACUAUCACGAAUGGUCAGCUACACAAUGUUCCCCCCCGUCGAUAUUGACAAUCGAAAAUGGACGUUGGUAGCCAUGCAAUGGGGACAAGUUAUUACUCACGACAUGGCUUUGAUCGACGGAACUACUCAAUCAAAGCCCCACGCGACCAAGUGUUGCACAGACGACGGACAAUUGGUGGACGAGGCGAUGCUUCACAAUCUAUGUUACCCCAUACUUAUUCCUUACAAUGACCCCGUCUACAGCAAGGCCAACACAAGAUGUAUCAACUUCGUCCGUAGUACAACCGACCUUGACCGUGGCUGCUCCUCGCAAUACAAACCAGCAGAACAGCUGACCGUCGUUACGCAUUACAUGGAUCUCUCCCUGGUUUAUGGAUCCAGUGAUCAAGUUGCAGCCAGUUUGAGGGCGGGAGUUGGAGGCCGUUUGAACGUAGACGUUCGACAUAACAGGGAAUGGCCACCCGCGGCAACCAAUAAGAGUCAAGUUUGCGAUACUACGGAACCUGACGAAGUUUGUUAUCAAACCGGCGACACUCGUGGUAAUCAGAAUCCCCAGUUGACCGUUUUACAAAUAAUACUGCUCAGAGAGCAUAAUCGUGUGGCUGAUGCUUUGGCUCGUCUGAAUCCACAUUGGACAGACGAAACAAUAUUCCAAGAGACGCGACGAAUCGUGAUCGCAGAACAUCAACAUAUUUCGUACUACGAAUGGCUGCCAAUAUUUUUAGGCGUUGAAGGGACAUACGGUAACAAGAUUUUGUACGACACAAAAGAUUACGUGAACGACUACGAUCCUAACGUGAACCCGAGUGUCCUGAACGAACAUUCUACAGCAGCUUACCGAUAUUUCCACUCUCUUAUCGCUGGAUACCUCAACUUAGUGACCGAACAUCGAUUCGCAACCGGUGCGUUGAGGCUCAGCGACCAUUUCAACAAUCCAGGCGUUAUCGAAGAGCGCAACAACAUGGACGACCUCAUGAGAGGCAUGGCUUAUCAGCCACACAAAGCAGGCGAUCAGUAUUUUGACGCGGAGAUUACGCAAUUUCUAUUUAGAAUGGGUAGACCACUGGGAUCGGACCUUCGGGCGACGGAUAUUCAAAGGAAUCGCGAUCACGGACUCGCGUCGUACAACAGUUUCCGCGAGUAUUGCGGUUUACCCAGAGCGAAGUACUUCGCCGAUUUCACGGAUUAUAUUUCCAUCGCGAACGUGGAAAAGUUGUCUGAAUUGUACGCAAGUCCCGAUGAUGUUGAUCUAACUGUUGGUGGAUCGUUAGAGGCCCACAUACCAGGAACACAAGCUGGACCAACUUUCCUAUGCAUUCUUACUAGACAGUUUUAUCGAACGCGCGUGGGUGAUCGUUUCUGGUUCGAAAGAGGCGACAACGAGGUGGCAUUUACUAUAGAGCAACUAAAUGAAAUACGAAAAUCUAGCAUAUCAAGACUAUUCUGCGACAACAGUGAUCACAUUACAAAUAUGCAACCAAAGGGAUUCCAACAAGUUUCUCAAUCUAACCCUGUCGUGAGCUGCGAAAAUAUUCCAGCAGUGGAUCUCUCGUUAUGGAAAGACUAUGCACCAGAAAUAGGAAGUCAUCAAAAUAUAGGAAAUCAUUAUUUUAAAAAGUAAAUUUAAGUAAUCCAAAUAAUUGUUUCAACUUUCUACACAAUUUCUAGAAAAUAUCGAAACCUAAUUAGACGUGGGCAUAGUUAUA